GGGCGGUGGCGGGCGCUGCGCACGCGCGGUGCGGCGGCCGCCAGGUUUGAACUGCGGGACGGUUGGAGAGGCGGGAGGAGCGUGAGGGGGGGAACCAGCUGUCUGAUGUUCUUCAGCUGUUGGAGGUUGAUCUCUUUGCUUGCCUGGUGAAGGACUGGAUCUCGUGACAAAUGAGGAAAAUUUUCCAGUCUCAGCUGGGAGACUGAAAAGAUGAGGCACAGUUCUAGGACCCCAAAGCGGCCUCUGGGGGUUGACCAUAAAAGCCAAACUGAUCUCUCUGCGUGGCGAAAAAAGGGGAGAACUGACCUUGAAAAAAGUUCCCAGAAUCAUCAGUCUCCUGGAGGUCAGAAAAAUGACAUCAGUCAGAAAAAUGAUGUCAGUGGGAAAAACGACAGCCAGGAAGUCUCCCUGGAGAAAGCUUUGACCUACUUUGAGAAAGUUCAAGGCCGUGUUUCCCUGAGGAUCAACAGUGCUCUGCAGAAACACUUGGCUGCUGUGGAAAGCAUUGCCCUGCAACAAGGGCUGCCCCCUGAAGGUUUUGAGAUACUGUUGAACGUGGUGCUCAGUGGCAAAUUUGCUGACACAGUGAAUACUCGUUUAUUGAAGAGCCUGAUCCCAACCUCAGUAAUACCAGAAAAUUCUGUGGUUACAGCUGUGUCUUGGCUCUGUACCAACAGAUCCUCAGGCAGCAUCCAGUUGCUUUUUUUAAGGUGGCUGAUCACAGUGUUUGACUUCAUUGAUCACAAGGAACGAAUUAAUGCCCUCUAUGGUUUCUUCUUCUCCUUCCUGCAAGAUGAGAAGCUGUGCCCCUACAUCUGCCACAUGCUCUACCUGCUGACCAGGAAAGAAAAUGUCAAGCCUUUUCGGGUUAGGAGACUGCUUGACCUCCAAGCAAAAGUGGGAAUGCACCCUCCCCUGCAGGCUCUACUGUCACUUUACAAAGUCUUCUGUCCAGAGCUGGUGACCAUAACUCUUCCCACAAAAACAAAGACUUACUUCAAGAGUUCAGAGGGCCCAUGGAAAGCAGCAAUGAGUGCAGUAAGGCAAAGAAACCAGGGAAGGACUCCCCUGACCCAGGCAGUGUUUUUAGGCACAGCUCAACCUCAGUCACGAAAGAGGAAAUGGAAUGCUCAGUUGGUUCUACCUGCAAGCAGUGCAAGGAAUUCAGGAGUGGGCACAGAAAAGUACUGUGGUUUGUUCAGUACAGAAGAGACUUUUCCAAUGGAGCAGCUGCAGACCUUUCCUCAGCUCCUACAAAAUAUCCACCGUCUAGAGUUUCCUUCCCAGAUGGGUUCAGUGCUAGCAAACCCUUUAUUACUUCACUACAUGAAUUGUGUCAGAGAUGAAUCUAUUUACCUGAGGCUCUACUAUUGGAUGGGUCAGAUGCUCCAGGAAGAAUGUACCUGGUGUGUGGUUGAUAACACAAAUGAAACAGAAUUCAAGAGCUUCCUGGAAACUAUGUACAAGGCAGAAUGUUUUUUGCAGGAGGGAUUUCCUGCCUGUGAAGAGUUCCUGUAUAAGAGCCUUCCUCUCUGGGAUGGCUCCUGCUGCCGACCAGAAGUCCUCCAACUUGUGAGUUGGAUCCCCCUCAGCAGUUCCCCUGAAAUUAAGUCAUAUCUCUAUGGUCCCCUGGCACAGCUCUUUUUCACAUCAUCCCUUUACUUCAAGUGCAGUGUUCUUGAGAGCCUGAAGGAGCUGCUGGAGAACUGGUUAAAUUGCAAUGUGAUUGAUAUGGAUCCAGAAUUUCAUCCUUUGAAUACCACCCUUUCUGGACUAGUGACCGUGGUGGCUGACCUGAUCCACUUUGUUGGACGGCUCUCUAUUGUUGGACUGCAUUUGGAAAAGAAUUCCACGUUCUUGCUCUUCUUCAUCCUGGAUUUCUACGAGACCGUGUGUGACAUGUACCUGAAGUACGACCUGCCUUUGUUGAUAUUGCCUCCUGCUGGGGUUUUCUACCCAGCACUGCUCAGCAUGGAUUCUGUCACCUUGAAUCAGCUCUGCUACAUUAUGUACAGGUAUCGAACAAACUUGGUGGCUGCAAAAGAAAAUGAGGAGAGUGAAAAGAAAAUACUGCAGUUCCAGUUCAGUAACAAGACAUACAAAGAGUACAACCAGUACAUAACAGCUAUGGUGGGCUGCCUGUGGACAUCCACUGUAUUCCAGAAGGAUACUAAUUCUCAGGGUCUUCGUAUGGAUGAGGAGCUGCUGAACAAAACUCUAGUGAAGGAUUUUAAAACCAGCUUUAACCUUGUCUACCACCCAGCCAUGUUGGGCUAUUCCAUCGACUUCCUGAAGCAGAUUUGUCCGGAGGAUACCACCUUCAACUUCAAAUUAAUCAAGGGGAAGAGGUGGGACUGGUAUCUGAAAUAUCUCUACACACAAGGUUUGGAGGGCCUGAAGGUCUUCAUUGAGAGCAGCAUCAAUCGUGUUUCCCAGGCCUCUCGCAGAAAAGUGGAGAAUGUGGAAACGUGACCUUGGGACUCACUGGAGCUUUUCUGUCCUCUGGAGCAGAUUAGCAGAAUCUAAAGGACUCUGCCACUGGUUACUUCCUGAGGGGAAAGAAACAGAGCAAUUACUCUUGUAGUGACAUUUAUUUUGUGAAAGUGAAGACACAGAAGGAAUGCUUAGGCUGCCUCUUGUCCCUGCUGAACUCCGGUGUGAAGUUGGUGAGCUGUAUGUUAUGUCCCAUUCAUAUUUAUCAUCCUGGUUUCUCUCUGUUGGAGUAUCUCCUUGAGAAUCAGACAUUUUCCACCUCAAAACUGCAGUGAGCAGUGCUGCUUCAUUUAUAAUUAAUGUUGAUCUCUGACCUGAUUUGCCUUCCUCAGAAUCAGGUAACUCAAUCAGCCUUUAGUGAUACCGUCUAUGUGUUGGAUUGGAGCAACGUGUGUUUCCCAAUUCCCUGUUGUACUGUCUUCUAGCAGGCUGAGCAAACUGACCUUCCUGAAAUUCAUUUUCAUUUUAAAGCUUCCAGAAUGGACUUUUUGCCAACAUUGCUUAUAAUGAUGUUCUAAUGCAGCUGGAAAAUUCAGUGCCCAGUUGAUGGUUUAUUGAUGGUUUGAGGACUUGUACAAUAUUGCCACCAGUUCACCAUUUUUUAUUGGUAAGUGCAAAUGUGGCUUUCCUUUUUGUGUUUUUAACUCUGUAGGUGUUGUGUAUUAUACAUGUACGUGUAUAUAUAUAAUUUAUAAUAUGUCAAAUGUUUCCAACGUGCCAUUUUAAAUAAACUCUACUACAAAA